CGGAAAUGUGUAGACCCAACAGGUCUUCUGGAUUCGCUGAAUUAAACAAACGUAGUUCCUCAUUUCUUUUUAGAAAGAAAAUGUUUUUGUCUAAUUCAGAUCAAACAUCGUCUACCGGAUGUGGUUUUUUGCUGUUCCAAUCCGACGCUCUACUUCCGAAACUACCGCAUUACGAGGUUCCCUGAACGCCUCAACAUCCUUACAGAACCUCCACGUUAGGGCAACAUCUUCGCCCUCACCGGUUCUGUGUCCCCAUGCUGACGUCGGAAUGUCUCGAGUUUGUGUUUGCUCGUUUCAGCUGGGUCUAAAGGCGUCAGGUCAUGGCUUUGAGGCUGAUCCAGAGGUUUCCGCUGCUGAGGCUUCAUGGGAUUCCGCGCUUCCUUCCGGCCGGCAGGCUCCCAGGGGCCACCCGCGAAGGUCGGCCCCUAUGUGCGGCCUGCCUGCACACCUCCGCCGGCGGCUGCAUCCGGACACGGGGCUGCGGGAUGCGCACCAUGACCACCACGGUGAAGGAGCCGUCCUUUGUCGCCAGCAGCUCCGUAGGACUCCACAAAGACUCGGCACCUCGGUUCCGUCUGACCCAGCUGCACCGACCCACGGCUGAAGAGGAGCAGGCCUUCCGGCGGCGCCUAGUGGCCUGCUCCUCGUCCCGGCAGGUCCUCGCGCUGCUGCCCGCCGUGGGGGUCAUGUCCGACACCAUGGCCGCCGCGGCGCUCCACCGGGUGGCCGACCUGGAGCAGGAGAGGUGCUCCCUGAAGGACCCCACGGUGCUGGAGAAGGACACCAUCAAGGCGCUGUGCUUCCAGCUGGAGCAGGACUCCGUGCGGCUGACGGACGCUGGACUUGUGUCCGCCCUCCUGGCCUGCACCCGCCUCUUCUUGGAUCCCCGCAGCACGCUGAUGGUGCGGCUGGCGUCCGAGAGCCGGGUGAGGUUGGACGCAGGGCAGAUGAGCGUAGGGCAGCUGUGCACCCUGGGCCGGGCCAUGCUGGCCGUGGAGGGUCCUGGCUGUGUGAUGCUGGAGCAGGUGAUGGAGCAAAUCCAGAAGCAGGAGCCGGCCCAGUGGAGCCUUGCGGAUCUCACGGCUGCCUACAGAUUCGUGCAAGGUUACGUGGGCCAACGCGGAAAACACCGCGACCUUCUGAACGCCAUGCACUCGCACGCCUCGACCGUCACCUUCCGCAUGGACCCUCCCGCUGUCAGCGGGCUGCUCGGCGCUCUCGUGACCCUGAACCAGACGCAGGCCAUGCCUCUGGUGAUCAAACUGUGUAAGCAGGCCGUCCGGCACGUGCCUCACUUCACCGACGAGGAGCUCGCCGUUGUGCUCGGGGCCUUGAUGCACUUCGGUCACAGCGAUCAUUACUUUGUGGAAGCGAUGGAGAGGUACGCGCCCACCAUGACCUUCACGUCCCACCCGGAGACGGUUACCAAGGUGAUUCAGUUCUUCGGCCGGAGGAACAUCUUGUCGCGGGCCGUAUUUGAUGCGGUCGCAGAGAGCUUCGUGUACCGCGCGGACGACUACAGCACCGGCCAGGUGGCCGCGCAGAUCGUGGCUUUCGGAAAGCUCGGCUACCUUCCUCCCAACGCCAGCCAGGUAUUCAGGAAGGUGGAAACCAUCCUGCGUACGCGCUUCUCCCACUUCCAGCCGCGGACGCUGCUCGACCUCCUCCACGCCUGCACCCUGGUGGAGAGGUUCCCGGUGAAUUUUGUCUCCAAAGUAUUCAGCAGUUACUUCCUACAGCAACUUGAAGAGCAGAAUACCGGAAUGGACCGGAUUGUCCGCGCACAGCUGACGCAGCUCUACAUGACCAUGAAGCUGGAGUGUCCCUUCUACGAGGGUCCCAGGCUCCAUUCCAAGUACUGCGUCAAGUCCUUCCUCAUGUAUGGACGCUUUGUGGAGACGCCGGUGGACGUACAACUGUACAACUCUGUGAAAAGUGGACUGGUGGAUUUGCUCGGGGGUCGUUCCUACUUUGCAUCCAAAGUGCUGACGCCGUACUGCUACUCGCUCGAUGUGGAAAUAAAACUUGACGAAGAAGGCUACGUGCUGCCUGCCAGUAACACUGAUGUAUACAAAAGGAUCGCUCUCUGUAUCGACGGACAGAGGAGGUUUACUUCGAACACAAGGCAGCUGCUUGGGAAAGAGGCCAUCAAGCAGCGACAUCUGAGGCUUCUGGGAUAUGAAGUUGUUCAGAUUCCUUACUUUGAAUUUGAAAGACUGCAAAACAACACCAGCGUGGUGGAGUAUCUGCACCAAAAGAUCUUCCCUCACACUUACAGGCUGAGCUGGUGAUGAUACAAAGGACAACGCUGCGUUUACUUUGGCUGAGCACAAACUCAUUUAAAGAAAUAUAUAUUUAUUUUUUCAAGUAAAAGUAAAUCAUUUCUAAGUUAUUAAUUAUGCAUCUCUAUCUCUACAUAUUUAACUUGGCAAUAAAA